CUGCCGGUUAAGCCCUGUUUAUGCAGCAGUAUUCAGUCAACAUGGCGUUAGCGGCUGCAGCCAGGCGCUGUGCAUCCUCUGCAAUUUUCAGUAGAUCUUUGUCAUUACCAGAGUUCAGAUCAGCCUGCUCCUAUCAUAAAAAGGUGGUGGACCACUAUGAAAACCCCAGAAAUGUUGGUUCCCUGGACAAAAAUGAUAAAAACGUAGGCACUGGUUUGGUAGGCGCACCUGCGUGUGGGGAUGUUAUGAAACUUCAGAUUCAGGUGGAUGAAAAUGGCAAGAUAGUAGAUGCCAGAUUCAAAACUUUUGGCUGUGGCUCAGCCAUUGCUUCCAGCUCACUGGCCACAGAGUGGGUGAAGGGAAAAUCGAUUGACGAUGCCCUGAAAAUCAAAAAUACUGAGAUUGCCAAAGAACUUUGUCUACCACCAGUCAAACUUCAUUGCUCUAUGCUUGCAGAGGAUGCUAUCAAGGCUGCAUUGGCAGACUACAGACUCAAACAGAAGGACGACAAGGAAACAUUGACAAAAGCUCGAAAUUAAUGUACUUAUUCACAGACGAGUCACCUUCAUCCAUUCUCAUUGCGACUCAGAGAAAAAUUGUAUAGUGUAUAUGCUUUCUGAGGAUAUAAUAAAUGUAUUAGCCAGCAUCUAUCUUUACUACUCUAUUCACACUGCCUUUACAUUGCUGGUUUGAAGUGGCUUGCAUUGACCGACUUUGAGGAUCUUUUGGAUUCAAGUUUUUUCCUGUAUCUCUGAAUCACGCACAUUAAAAUAAACUCUGAAUUCCUUAAGAUCUCUCACUCUGACAUGUAA